AUGACACCAUAUAGAGGUGUUAGGUAUCAUUUGAAAGAGUACUCCACUCAUGCCCCUAAGAAUUCAAAGGAAUUGUUUAACCUUCAUCAUGCAUCAUUGCGUAAUGCAAUUGAAAGAGCACUUGGUGUCCUAAAAAAGAGGUUUCCUAUCAUUAGAAAGGAAGAUCGUGACAAAGAUCUCAAAGAUGAGGUCUUACAUGAGGUGUUGAAUGGAUCAGAAGAAGAAGAACAUCAUAGUACAGGAGACAUACGUGAGGGUAAUACCAGAGCAGACCAACUAAGGAAUUCAGUUGCUAAUGAAAUGUGGACUAACUAUUUGACUUAUCCGAAUGAUGAAAUAGAUAUGUCAAAGUAG